CGUAUUCUGAUUACUUUGGUUAACCCGUUGCCAUGCCUACUCAUCAAUCCACGGCUUCAAGAUCAAACCCUAAUGAUCGACGUCGAUUGCCGCCGCCACCACCUCCACCGUCACCGCCGGUUUGCUUCCCUUAUUCGAUGCUACCUUAUAACCACCCAUACGCGUCUGCGCCGCCAAUGGGAUUCAUGCUGCCGCCGCCUUCGUUUGUUCCUCCACCACCACCACUAACAAAACCGCCUUGGAACAACUCUUGCAUCUAUACUCAAACAUUGCAUCCGCCUUAUUGGUUUCCUCAUCCAACACCAACACCAACACCGCCUUUACCUUUACCAUAUUGCAUUAAUUAUACUACUCCACCGUUGCAUCCACCUUCGAAUUCUUUGCCUCCUCCGUCACUAUCACCAAUAUCCCAAGAAGAAGAUUUGCGCCACAAGAUUCUUAAACAAAUUGAAUAUUAUUUCUGUGAUGAUAAUCUAGCCACAGAUGUUCAUCUGAAAGACCAAAUGGAUAUCGACAACGGAUGGGUUCCGAUUGAAUUGAUUGCCCGUUUUAACCGAAUAAAAGAGAUGACAGAUGAUAUUAAGUUGAUUCUGGACAGCUUGAAAGAUUCGGAUAUAGUUGAAGUCGAGGGAGACAAACUAAGGCGACGUACUACUUGGAAGAAAUGGAUAGCUUAUCGUCAAGCAGCUUCAAGGAAUUAAUUGAUGUUGCGACCGUCAACCAAAGACCAAGCAAGUUAAGCCAAUUAAAGGUGACAUGCUACUAGCUUGGAAAAUGGAUGCCAAGGACGGAGCGAAUUACAAGUAACACAAAAAGAAUGUCUUAAGACGAGAAAGGCCACAUUCAUCAUUCAAUCUCUUAUUUACAAACUCUCUGAUUAAUUAGUUUACUGAGUCGUGCCUACUAAUAAAUCACCUGCUGCAAAUGUUGAUCCCACGCAAGGA